CCACCAACUCUGGAAUCCCUUUGGGCCCCUUUCGGCUUCUUUUAAUCCCGCCUUCUCCCCCUCUCUUUCUCACAGACAUUUUCACAAACACCUAACGCGCAAUCGCCGAGCUCGUCUUCCAACACCCAUUCCGAUGGCUUCCGUCGUCCCCGAUAACCUCACCAGGGAGCAGUACGUGUACCUGGCGAAGCUCUCCGAGCAAGCGGAGCGCUACGAGGAGAUGGUCCAGUUCAUGGAGAAGCUGGUCGUUGGUUCCACUCCGGCCGCCGAGCUGACCGUUGAGGAGCGCAAUCUUCUCUCCGUUGCGUACAAGAACGUGAUCGGCUCGCUCCGUGCCGCCUGGCGCAUCGUGUCGUCGAUCGAGCAGAAGGAGGAGGGCCGGAAGAACGAGGAACACGUGGCGCUCGUCAAGGAGUACAGAUCCAAGGUCGAGUCCGAGCUCUCUGAUGUCUGCGCUAAGAUAUUGAAGCUCUUGGACUCCAAUCUCGUGCCGUCGGCGUCGGCCAGUGAGUCCAAGGUCUUCUAUCUGAAGAUGAAGGGCGACUACCACCGCUACAUGGCGGAGUUCAAAUCCGCCGAGGAGAGAAAGACUGCUGCUGAGGACACUAUGCUUGCUUACAAGGCUGCCCAGGACAUAGCGCUUGCGGAUCUGUCACCAACUCAUCCAAUAAGAUUGGGUCUGGCACUGAAUUUCUCAGUGUUCUACUAUGAGAUUCUCAAUCAGUCUGAUAAAGCUUGCAGCAUGGCCAAACAGGCAUUUGAGGAAGCUAUUGCUGAGCUAGACACUCUGGGAGAAGAAUCAUACAAGGACAGCACUCUAAUCAUGCAACUUCUAAGGGACAACCUCACUCUUUGGACUUCUGAUGCUUCGGACCAGUUGGACGAGGCAUAGAGGGCAGCGAAAGGCGGAAAGGCCACGUUGAUCCUCUGGAGGAGCCUCGGUGGGCAUUGAAUGCCGUUUUCCUGUGCUGAUUGGAAGAAAGUGUGUUAAUUUGUACAUUGUUCCGCAACGUUGAUACUGAACUUGUUUUCAAAUUUGUCUUUUAAGUGAUUUGUGAUGGAUAGAAUUUGAUGGUAACAGCAACCAGCUUUUUUUAAUCUAAAUUUGGAUUACGGGUGGGGUGAGAUAA